UCUAAACACAAACGUUGGAAUAUACAUGUUUGAAUUUUCAUUGAAAGAAAAAACAAAUUCAAAAGCAAUAAUGAAGCAAACCCUAAUUAAUGUUUGGUCCAAAAACUGAAACAAAGGAUCUUAGCUCCUCUCUGCCCAUUUGGUGGGUUACGUUCAUAAAGAGAGAAAAUGGGUUGUAUCUUCUUCUGAGAGAAAGAGAUAGAGAGAGAGAGAGAGAUGGGGAGAAUUGGCUUCCAUUUUCAGAAACCAUUAUGAAUGUUGAAGGAUGUGCAUAGAAUUUGGAUUGCCAAAUGGGGUUUCCUCUCAGAAUCAUAUCGUUUUUUUAUCGACCCUUUUCUCUGCUCUGCUGCUUACUCCAAUGUUGUUUCCCAUCAAGAUCGAGAUAUGGUACGACAGCCAUGCUGUGACAAGGUCGGACUGAAACGAGGCCCCUGGACUGUUGAGGAAGAUCAUAAGCUCAUGAACUUCAUCCUCAACAAUGGCAUCCAUUGCUGGAGAUUGGUGCCUAAACUUGCAGGUUUGCUAAGAUGUGGAAAGAGUUGUAGACUAAGAUGGAUUAAUUACCUGAGGCCUGAUCUCAAGAGAGGUGCUUUCACAGAAAUGGAAGAAAACCAAAUCAUUCACCUUCAUUCCCUUCUUGGUAACAGAUGGUCGAAAAUCGCAGCACAUUUUCCGGGUCGAACCGAUAAUGAAAUCAAGAACCAUUGGAACACUAGAAUCAAGAAGAGAUUGAAGCAACUUGGUUUGGAUCCAUUGACGCACGAAAAACUCUCUGAGAAAACAGAUAGACUAAAAGAACAAUUAUUUAUUGCAUCCAAUUCAUUAAGAAAACAAAAGACAAUAAUGCCAAAUUUUGAUUUUGAGACAAAGGAAAUAAUCCCAAUUUCAUCCCAUAUGUUAUCUUCAGAUGGUUCAAGUAAUCUGCUGUGCAAAGGCAUUGGAUAUGAAAUGUGGACGGGCCAAUUAGAAAGCAACAGCAAUGCAUCGUUUUCCUUGGAGUACUGUUCUUCAAUGAAUGAAUCUCUAUCAAUCAUCAAACAAAACUCUGUACAAUUUGAUAGUUUGGAUUCACUUCCUUCAUGGGAUGAUGGGGUUCCCAAGUUCAAUCAGCUUGAGAAGGACGACAUUUACUCGCUCGGGAAUGGCGGUGGCUACUACGUCGAUACUUUCUCUCACUAAGCUUUCUUUCUGUAAAGCCUACAUACAUGUUCCACAUUGUGAACUUGGGUCAUAUUUCAUCUGUUUUUUUAAUCACUGUAAUUACCUUUUUCUUUCAUUGUCAUGCUCAAAAAUCACACUUGCUUGUCCAAAUAGCACAUAAAUCUUGAUAUUAAUGUGGGAAAAUUUUCAUUUCUUUGAGAGUUUAAAUUUAACUUUCCCAUUAAAUGAAAAAACUUUGGAACUUUUGAUUUU